AUGCAUUUAGAAACCUUUCAUUAUAAGACAGACCACUCCCUACAAACUGUGACAAUCGCAAAGCCUCCACGGCAAAUCCCCUCUACUGAGGGCUACUGGGUUAUACUCAUCCGUGGCGGCGCCUGGCAUGACCCAAUCCAAGCCUCACUCGACUUCCUCACCCCUACUAUAACAGCCCUCGCCUCCUCAUGUGGCACUGUUUCUCUCCCCAUCGCUGCAUUUGCAUCUAUCUCCUACCGUUUAGGCCCUCACCCAGACAAUAUCCAUGACGUCCAAGCUGCCCUCGCUUCCCUGCAGCGCAAAUUUGGAUUUGGUUCCAGAUACAUUUUUGUUGGGUGUAACUGCGGUGCCACGCUCGCCUUUCAGUCCGUGAUGGGCCGGUUUCGCUCUAAAGAAUCCGAGUGGACAUAUGCAUCUCCAGCAGUGAUCGUGGGAGUAGCGGGUGUUUAUGAUCUAAAGAUGCUCCAGAACAGCUGCAAGGAUGAUCCUGCAUGUCAAAGUUUUAUCGAGCGUGCAUUCGGAUCGGACGAGGCUGUUUGGGAUGAUGUCUCUCCUGCUACCGUGGAGGGGUUGGAUGGUGUUGAGGGCGGAUGGGAUGCGGGUCAUUAUGCUCUUCUUGCGGAUCCACGUACAGCCGGACCUAUUGAGCUUGCUCAGAGAGAUGCAAUGAAGGACGGUGCGUUGGCUCGGUGGUUGCGCGCUGGCGGCUCCGGCGAUAGGAGGAUUGGGAGGCUUCCGCUUGAUGGCGAGGGUAGCGAGGUCUGGGGAAAUGGAGGGGAACUUGCCAGAGCCAUUACGUUUGCUCAUGAAAGAUUACAGAUGGUGAUAACUCACAUAUCCGAAAUGAAGCAAUUAAGCUCGCAGGCCGAGUGA